CAACAGCAGAGAGCUGCCGCAGCCCGGAAGAAGACAGUCUCCUCUCGCAGCCUCGGAGAGCCUCCAUGUGACCGCGAAACCUGUCCGAGAAUACACGCUCUCCUCCCGCAUUGCACGGAAAACAUAAACGACAGGCACCCACACGGACAUGGCGACAUCCAGCCCCUGUGUUGUGAUCAGUGAUGAGGAGCAGGGAUAUGACCUGGACCUUUUCUGCAUACCAAAGCACUAUGCCUCCGACCUGGAGAGGGUCUACAUCCCACAUGGACUCAUCUUGGACAGGACAGAGAGACUGGCCAGAGAAAUCAUGAGGGAAAUGGGUGGGCACCACAUUGUGGCCCUAUGUGUGCUCAAAGGGGGUUACAAGUUCUUUGCCGACCUGCUGGACUACAUCAAGGCCCUGAACAGGAACAGUGACCGCUCUAUCCCAAUGACAGUGGACUUCAUUCGCCUCAAGAGCUACUGUAACGACCAGUCAACAGGUGAAAUCAAAGUAAUUGGGGGAGAUGACCUCUCUACAUUGACAGGCAAGAAUGUCUUGAUUGUGGAGGAUAUUAUCGACACAGGGAAGACAAUGAAGACAUUAUUGCAACUCCUGAAACAGUACAAUCCCAAAAUGGUUAAAGUAGCAAGUUUGUUGGUGAAGAGAACACCAAGAAGUGUUGGCUACAGGCCGGACUUUGUAGGAUUCGAGGUUCCUGACAAAUUUGUGGUGGGAUACGCACUAGACUACAACGAGUACUUUAGAGAUCUAAAUCAUAUCUGCGUCAUUAGCGAAACAGGGAAGGAGAAGUACAAGGCAUGAAGAGCAGUUCGUAACAAUUUUCAAUGGUCCCUGAGGAUACACUGAUGGAGUGAUAAUCCUGACAGCUGCAUUGCCUGUUUUAGCCACCGCACACACACACACACACACACUAGAUUCAACUUUGGAGAAAAAUUGAUUGCCUUAGAUUAAAACCACGUCUGGGUUAAACAGCAUGUAGCCCAGCAUCACCUCAAAUUAUUAUAAUGCUUCUAUGCCCCCACACUGAUUAAUUAUUUUUUUAAGCAACGGAGUAAUUUAUUCUGAGCAAAUGUUUCAAAUACUUCCACAAUUGUUGUGCUACGAUAAGAUUUAACAACCUCCCAUUUUAUUAUAUAUUGCUUUUAUUGUAAUUCUACUUUUACCUGAACUAUCAAUAGCUGUUUUAUGGGAACUCCUAAAGAGGAUGUUACAUUUUCUUGAAAUCUGCAUGUAUAUUUUGGGACAAAACACAUUUCCGUACUGUGCUGUGUGAUGAGAUUUUUCUUGAGAUGCAUUCUGUAUCUGCUGUCCCUAAUUAAACACAUGGGUAUACUGAAGAUGAAAUAUCCUCUUAUUUAUGAGUGCUAAUGAUUGUCUGAACAAAGAGUCCAUGCAGCUAAUUUCUUCAUGUGUUACAUGAAAGAUCGUUUUUUUUAAUGCUGGAAAAUAUGUAUAGUUUACAGAAGUGUAAAUGUUCAAUUGAUAGUCAAACUGAAGUCAUUCAAUCAAAUGUUUGAAAUACUUAAUCUCUAUCUACCUGUCAUUGAAUUAGACAUCAUUUUAAAAUUUCUACUGUAUAAUAUUAUCCCAUUCAAUUGUGCCAUCACUGUAAAGCAAUGUCAGCAAUACCAGCCAUUAAAAGCUCACACCCCUCCUGUGA